UCACUUUAAUGCUUUUGUUUACUUCCGAGUUUUGCUCAGAGCGGUUUGAAGAAAUAUCACUUGCAAUAUGUCGCAAACAGAUCUGAACAAAAGCAUUGAGAUAAUAACCAAGACCGAGGAGUUGGCCGAUAAAAUUCUAGUCAACAAGCAGGAACUGACGGUAAUGGAUAAACGCCGCCAGGAAACCCGGCAGGCAAUGCGGUUAAUGGAAAAGUCGGAGGACAAAAAAGUUUGGAUUACGGUUGGCAGUAUGCUAGUUAAAAUGGAGCGGGAAAAAGCAUUAAACCUGCUUAAGAAAGAUCAACAGCAAAUAGAGCAGCAAAUCAACAUGAUAUACUCAGACCAGAAAGUUCUGGUAAACAAACAUCGCGAUUUGGAGUUCAAAUCGCCCUUCUCGGGAACACAUCUUAAGCCCUUAGAAAAGAAGGAGUUCGACGCUCUAAAAGCUAAUCUCCCAUUGCUUUGAAUAUUUAUGUUUAUUAAACUGGCGCCAGCCAAGUAUUGCCAUGAAACCACAAUCGAUACAUCGUUAAACUGUCAUCGCCAGGUGUGACCGUACUGUCCGCGAGUGUGACCCAUCCGCCCAAAGCUCUCGAAGCACAUUUGUUGUAGCGCUCCGCCGUUGUUGACUUGUUUCGUCGUAGGCUCCGAUUGGACCGAUCUGAUCAGACUUUGAAUCGAUCGCAUUGAUUUCGAAACGCAGACUCUUAAUCGGGAACUAACCAAAUGCAUAAGAUCAGAUCGAAAACACGCUGACAGUAUAAUUAAAUACUGUAUAAACCUGCAAAAACGUGCGCUCUUACGUCGGUCGCGUGAGUGUGUGUGUGGUGAGCUCUUUUCUCUCCCUCACCCCCUUCGCCCACGUCUCGCUCAGCGCGCAAAAGUAAAUUUUAGUGCAAAUAAAUUGCUUUGCUUAUCUCGAAGCGCGCGCUCGCAUGAUGAACGCAUCUGUGUGCGUGAGUGUGUUUGUGGGGAGUAAGUGCGCGAGUGUUGUUAAUUAAUUUACAAAAGUCGCUCCUGUUUGGCAAACAGCAGAAAACAACAACAGCAACAGAAAAGUCCGAGAGAAGUGCGAAAACGAAAGAAAAACAACAACGGACCUGCUAACGGCAGUUGCAUGUGGGGCACUUCGCCCACCCAACCCCCCAUCCCAUUCCUCGCAGGCGGAAAACGAAAG